CCAAACCACUCCCAAAUUGUCAAGCUUCUUCGUUCAUUUGAAAGCAGAGGAUAUUUGCUUAGUUUCUUUUCAAAAGAAAAUACAAAAAAAAAGAAGAAGAGAAGAAAAGAGUGAGAGAUGGAGAUGGAGAUGGAGAUGGAUAUGGAAAUGAAACAAUCAAAAUUCAAGAGUAUUUGUGUGUUUUGUGGGAGUAGUUCCGGAAAGAAGAGCAGUUACAGAGAAGCUACUAUUGAGCUUGGCAGGGAAUUGGUUUCAAGAAAUAUUGAUCUGGUUUAUGGAGGAGGUAGUAUUGGAUUAAUGGGCUUGAUUUCUCAAGCUGUUUUUGAUGGUGGCCGCCAUGUCAUUGGAGUGAUUCCCAAGACACUCAUGCCUAGAGAGAUAACUGGAGAGACCGUGGGGGAAGUUAAGGCAGUAGCAGACAUGCACCAAAGAAAGGCAGAGAUGGCUAGACAAUCUGAUGCCUUCAUUGCCUUACCUGGUGGCUAUGGAACUCUUGAAGAACUCCUUGAAGUCAUAACCUGGGCCCAACUUGGAAUCCAUGAUAAACCAGUGGGAUUGUUGAAUGUGGACGGCUACUACAAUUCCUUGUUGUCAUUCAUUGACAAAGCAGUGGAGGAAGGUUUCAUUUGUCCCAACGCCCGCCAUAUCAUAGUCUCUGCUCCCACUGCUAAAGAGUUGGUCAAAAAGAUGGAGGAGUAUGAACCUCAGCAUGAAAGAGUCGCUUCAAAGCUAAGUUGGGAGAUGGAACAGUUAGGGUACCCUGCAAAAUGUGAAAUCUCUAGGUGAGAGAGACUGAGACAUUGCCAAGGCAACAAAAUGCAGAUUCCAGGGAACUAAUUUUAGGAAAUCAAGAUGUUCCUGAAAUGGGAAUUUUUCCUUUUUUUCUCUUUUUUACUCAUUUUCUGAUGUAAACUACUACCCCCUCCAAAAAACAAAAAAACCCCAUUAACUCAUCAUUUGAAGCUUGACAUUUUGUUUCCAUUUGAAGUUGAAAUUUGAUUCAGUAAUGCUUCAACUUUGUGGCAAAGUUGCUGAUGAAAUGAAAAAAGAAAAUUUGUUUC